AUGUCGCACGCUGCUGGGGAGCCGCGACCCGCAACUGUCGCCGAGGCCUUCGCGAACACCGCGAGAGCCCUGGAUCAGUUUAGCAUUGAGCGGAUACGUGUGGAGGGGCUCAGCCGCAGUUCCCGCAGCGGCACGCGGGGCGAGCGUGAGGCGGAGCAGGAGGAGGUUCGCACGCUCACGGAGCAGGCGUUCAUGCGGGAGUUCGUCUUCCAGUCCCGCCCGUGCGUGAUUGUGGGGGCGCUGGAGGACUGGCCCGCCAUGCGGCGCUGGCGCGAUGACGCGUACCUCUUUGACUUGGAUGGGCACUUUGCGCGUGGGCGGCAGGGCACGGCGGAGGCGGCCGCCCCGCCAAAGGACGAUGCGGACGCCUUGGCGGAUGCCAGCGGCCCCCGCCCGCGUGAGCGCGAGGCGACGGACGACGUGAGGCGAGUGACGGUCGCCCUGACGCCGAACGGGCGCGCCGAUGCGGUGACGUACGUGACGCACCGAGGCGCCCCAAAGGCAGAGGCGGACGCGAGUUCUGCGGAGGACGCCGUGGUGACGGAAAAGCUCUUUAUGUGCGCCGCAGAGGUUCGCGCGACGUUGCCGGAGUUGUACCAGCUUCUCUGCGCGAACCCGGCGCACCCGCCGGUGCGGCCCGUCUUUGUUGACCUGCGCCGCCCCGCGCCCGUGGUUGCCUACGCGCAGAUGCAAAACAACUGCCUCGAGGUGGAGUAUCAGCACCUCCACGGCGACAUCAGCACCGCGCUCGACCGCUUCGGGGAGCGCGUGUUUGGCGGCCCGCACGAGGCGGCAAACGUGUGGUUCGGCACCCCCGCCUCCGUCUCCUCCAUGCACCAGGACUGGGUGGAGAACCUCUACGCGGUGGUGCGUGGGGUGAAGGAGUUCAUUCUCAUCCCACCGUGGGAGGGCGCGUUUGUGCCGAAGCCGGAGCUGCCCUCCGCGGCAUUUGCCGUGCGGCGCGAGGACGGCGAGGGCGGCGAGGGCGGCGAGGGCGGCUACGCCUUUGCGGGGGCGCCUGUGCGGGAUGGCCUGACGGUGCCGUGGAUGGACGUGGAGUUCACGCCGGCCGCCGUGGAGGAUGCCGCGCUCCUGCCAGCCAACCUGCGCGAGCGGCUGCACCCGCUCGUGGCGUACGUGCAGCCGGGGGAGGUGCUGUACCUCCCCGCCAUGUGGCUGCACCGCGUGGCGCAGCACGCCGACGAGGACGACCGGCGUGCGAGGGAAAAUCCCCCGGCCGACGCGCAGAGGCCCCCGUUGCCGUUGAUCGCCGCGGUGAACUACUGGUACGAGAUGAACUUUACAAACCCCGCUGUUGUCAUGCUGCGUGAGUUUGGCCUCCUGCUCUGA